AUGGCCCUCGACCGCUCCCAGGUGCACAACUUUGCCGCUGGCCCGUCACCACUCCCCACGUCAGUGCUCGAGGAGGCUGCGGUUGGAAUCAUCAACUACAAUGGCACGGGGAUGGGGGUGUGCGAGCUGAGCCACCGCGGAAAGGAGUUUAAGGGGAUCAUUGAGGGGGCUGAGGCCGACCUCCGCCAGCUCCUCAACCUCCCGGACACCCACGCAGUCCUCUUCAUGCAGGGUGGUGGCACGACCCAGUUCGCCUCAGUGGUCCUCAACGUCCUUGCUGCGCGCCGUCUCGCCCACGCCAACGUCCCGACCGAGCAGUACGAGCCUCCCGUGCUCGACUACGUCGUCAGCGGCAGCUGGAGUUCCAAGGCGUACGCCGAGGCGCAGCGCCUUGCGAUCAACGGUGACAGCAAGCCGUUCUUUGUGCCCCGCGUUGCGGGCAGCAGCAAGGACGUCAAGUACACUGCCCUGCCGUCCAAGUACGACUUUACCCCUGGCGCUGCGCUUGCGUUCUACUGCGAGAACGAGACUAUCAACGGUGACGAGUUUGCGCCCACUACUGGCAACGACGCGUCGUUCCCCUUUGACAAGGUGCCAGAGGGCACGGUGCUUGUUGCCGACUACUCGAGCUCGUUCCUCAGCCGCCCGAUCCCGAAUAUUGGCGCGCACGGAAUCAUCUACGCCGGUGCGCAGAAGAACCUCGGACCCUCGGGUGUCACUGUGGUUAUUGUGCGCAAGGACCUCCUUGUGGACAGCACGGCAGCCAUGAAGCUCGGCGGUGUGCCGGUCGUUCCCAUCCAGAGCGAGUACAAGACGCUCGCGGACAAUGGGAGCUUGUACAACACUCCUCCCGUGUUCCCGAUCUACGUGAGCGCGCUCGUCCUCCGCCACCUCGUCAAACUCGGUGGUCUUGACGCCGUCGCCAAGACCAACAAGGCUAAGGCGGACGCGCUUUACGCGUCGCUCGACAAGGCCGAGGCCGCGGGAGUCAUCACCUGCGUCGUGCGCCAGAAAGACGCGCGUAGCUGGAUGAACGUGCCGUUCAACAUCAACAAUGGGCGCGAGGCCGAGUUCCUCAAGGGUGCAGAGGAGCGCGGGUUCCGCCAGCUCAAGGGACACCGUUCGGUCGGCGGCAUUCGUGCCAGCAUCUACAACGCCGUCACGCUCGAGAGCGUCCAGGCUCUGUGUGCGUACAUUGACGAGUUUGCGGCUGCGUAG